AUAUGUACAUUCAACUUACUUGAUUCGGUACAUUUGAUCGAAAGCGAAAACCUAUAAAUAUUUAACGCUGCAGAGCUAUCGAUUCAGUUUAUAUGAAACCUUUGCAACGCAUGCAUCAUCUAUUUGCAUCGGAAUUGUCUGUCCGAAAAUCUUGAACUGGAAUUGUGUUUUUCUUCUGUGGCAUCGUUUAAUAUGAGGAGGAAUCGGCUAUUUGUGUUUAUGUUUGCCAAUUUUCUAUUGCUUGGUGUGAGUUUAUUGCAAGCAAACGCAUUCAAAGUUUACGAUCAUGAUUUAGAAGUGGCAGCUAGUGACAAAAAAGAAGAAUGGGAGAAAGGUGGCGAAGAGGAUUUUUAUGGCGAGGAAGAUGAGGAAAAGGGAGAAAAAGGCGAAAAAGGAUACGAAAGCAAACAUGGAGACGAAAAAGGGGAAAAAGGCCACCACGACAAAGAAGAACAUGAGGGGGAAUACGAUAAAAAAAAGGGACAUAAGAAAAAAUAUUACGACGACGAAGGUCAUCAUCACAAACACGAAGAGGGGAAAAAAGGAGAAAAAGGCAAAAAAUUCAACGAAGAAGGGAGCUUUAAGAAGGGGCAUAGUGAGAAGGGCCACCAUAUAAUUAAAAAAGGCGAGGAAGAUAAGAAAGAGACGAAGUUCUUUGAUGAAGACGGCGAUGAGGCACAUGAUGAAAAAGAAGGAAAAUUCCACGAGGAAUAUGGAUCCAAGAAGGGAGGUUCACACAAGAAGGGCCACAAGAAAGGCUUUCACGAGGAGAAGAAGGGAGGCAAGAAAGGCGGUGGAAAGAAGGGUCAUCACGAUGAAGAAGAUAAAGGAUGGCAUUCCAAGAAGGGCGAUGAAGGAGAGUACGGUGAAAAGUCAGAGCAUGGAAAGAAAGGAGGAGAUAAAAAAUAUAAAAAGUGGGGUCACAAAAAAGGCAAAUAAAAUGGCAAUCCAUUUCUGCUGUAGCAACA